GUUGUUUUUGCAUUUUUUGAUUUUCUCAGUCAGCAAAUGGCGUCGUAGAGUGAGGAUGCACGAGUUUUUUUUCAAUCUUGACUGAAUUUUGUCGUAAACUUGAAAACAUAAAAAUUUUUAGUGAAAAAAAUAUUAAUGGGUAUGUUUGAUAGUGUAAAAUUGUUUAGUGAAGUUUCAGAAAAGAGAGAUUCGGGUUGAAUCGAAAAAUCAUUAAAGGAGUAAAAUAAAAAUAUAAACAAUGAACGAAGAAGUCGAAGCUAAAGAAGAGAAAUUGAUUCCUAUGUGGCCCCCGAUGGAAAGUGGCACUAGUCCAGGGCCCCAAUCACACGUUAUUAUGCCUAUACCAACUACACCACAAGGGGCCCCACUAAACCAAGGUUUGGAGUAUGAACUUCCAUUUGAACUACAACAUCAAGGUUGGAAAAAGUUUUGGUCAAAAAGGGAGAACCGCCCAUACUUUUGGAAUAAAAUUACUGGAGAAAGUCUUUGGGAGAUGCCCGUUUUAAAACCACAGUUUGAUCCUAUCACAGAUCCUUUAGGAAUUUGCGCUCCACCACCUCCCCAUCCAACUCCUCUACCUUUAGUUCACAUGGCUCCACCUGCAGCAGUUCCAAUAGUGAAACGUAGAGCUUCAGAGGAGAUAGGACCACAAGCUAAAAAACUAGUUUUAGCUGGUCCUUGGGACUUGGAUGUACCAACAAAUGUAAUUAUAAUAGAACGUGCCCCUUGUUCAUACAUGCAUUCACAUCCAGAAAUAGAAGCUUACAGAUGUAGUUUAUUAUCUAAAUUACGCCAAAGCUAUCAAGAAGUGUGUCACUCUAGGGAAUCAAUUGAUGCUCCUAAGGAUUCUUUCAAUAGGUGGCUAAUGGAAAGAAAAGUUAUAGAUACUGGAUAUGAUCCAUUACUUCCCAGCAACUGUUAUCCGGAGAUCUCCCUUUCCAUGUAUAAAGAAAUUAUGAAUGAUAUACCUAUUAAAUUAGUAAGGCCAAAGUUCACAGGAGAUGCUCGAAAACAGUUAUCAAGGUAUGCAGAAGCUGCAAAGAAAAUUAUGGAAUCUCGAAACGCCGAAGCAGAAAGUCGAAAAGUUGUUAAGUGGAAUGUGGAUGAAACUUUUCAGUGGUUAAGGAAAACAGUUGGAGCAACUUAUGAUGACUUUCAAGACAGAUUGGCUCAUUUGAAACAACAAUGUCAGCCUCAUUUAACAGAGACAGUGAAAUCUUCUGUCGAAGGUAUCUGCUUGAAGAUGUACAAUUUAUCAGUCGAAUAUGCUAAGAAAAUCAGGGAGAAAUCCAAUGCAUUGUUAAAAGAGCAUGGGAUGGAAUUACCUCCACACAUGACGAUGCACACAACUCGAAAAGUUUGGUGUUACCCCGUGCAAUUUGCUAUUGGCUGCCCUAGACUGCCAGUUGUUGAUUAUUUACCAGAUAGAGACCAGGUGGUAUUGAGAUACCAAGGAGAUACUUUAGCCAUUAAUAGUAGCCAUUUAAAUAAAUUGGAACAUCUCUACAGGCACAGUUGUUUUGAUGACCGAAAGUUCGAUUUAUUUAUACCCAGAGUAUGGGUAGUAUUGAAAAGGUACGCAACUUUUCUUGGAGUAAAUCCUUCUCCCAAUACUGCCAAUUCUGAUGUACAAGAUGCGCAGCAAAGUUUACCUGUUACAGUUUUCGAAUGCCUGAAUAGGGCUUUUGGUGUAACGUUUGAAUGCUUUGCAUCACCUUUGAAUUGUUACUUCAAACAAUACUGUUCGGCGUUUGCAGACUGUGAUUCAUAUUUUGGAAGCAGGGGAUCUUUUCUAAAAUUAAAAGCAGUGUCAGGUUCAUUUGAAGCGAAUCCACCGUAUUGCGAGGAAUUGAUGGAGGCCUCAAUUGACCAUAUGGAAAGGUUACUUAGUGAUAGCUCUGAACCAUUGAGUUUUAUUGUGUUAAUGCCUGACUACAGAGAGCCUACGCCUGCAGCUCUAACUAGGCUCGAAACCAGUCAAUUUAAAAAGAGACAAGUCACUGUGCCCGCAUAUGAACAUGAAUUUAGACAUGGCUUUCAACAUGUGCUCAGCAAGUCUGAAUUAAACGUGCGUUCUGUCCAUGCAACUGUAAUAGUUUGGCUUCAAAAUCCCGCUGGCCACCAACGUUGGGAACCUUCAGAAGAUAGAGUACAAGCUCUUUUAGAGGCUUUCAGGCCUGGAAGGGAACGCGAACGUGAUAGACAAGAACUUUUGAGUCCUACACGACAGGGUAAUGCUUCGGAUAGUAAAGAUGUCGUGGUGCACUGAUAUUUUUUAUAUUUAUUGUAUUUUGGUGUUUUGUUACAAAGUAAAAGGAAAAGCUUCAUUGAGCUAAUGCGGAGUUUAGGAUAGGUUGUGCAAAUGAUGUGGAUAAAUGUAUAAUUUUUUAUGUAACUGUAUUGCAUAAAAAAAUAUACUCCUAUUGGGUGCAUUAGUUAUCGCUUUACAAAGGAAAAAUUACUGAAAUAUGUGCAAUUGGCUGUUGAGACACAAUAUACAAAAUUAUUUUUAAUUAUGGUUACAAAACGGUAUGUUGACAAAAAUAACUACUGUCCAAUUUGACCAAUGUAGAUAUACUUCCUUUAACUCAUACUUUCAUAUGUCAAGAACAGUCAGUAUAAUUAUUGUAUGAAUUUUUAAUGAUAAAUGACAAACUAUUAAAAACAUUACCAUCAUUGGUACCAGAAUCAGAUGCAGAGUUGAUCAAACAAAGAUGUAUUUUUAUAAACCAUCCCUGUUAUAUGUAGUUUAUUUAUAAAUGAAAGUUUUCUUUUCCAACUUGUUCACUAAUAAUAAUGUUAUUUUUGCAAAAACUUCAAUGUAAUAAGUAUAUUUAUUAGGUUUUUAGAUCUUUUAGUACAUAUACUUGACUCAUCCGUAAUACUAAUUUUGAGGCUAGAAAAAUCCUUUUGGAAAUAUGGUUAGACCAAAUUUCAAGAAAAAGUAUUCCAAAUAUUGCUUACCACAGAAUUUCAGUUUAAUCUUAUUAUUUGGAAUAUCUUCAACAAAUUCCUAAUCUGCGAUAUAAUUUGGAUUUAACCUUAUAUUUGGUAGAUCAUGUAUGCAUAAUAAAACUUUGACUCAUUGUCCGUUUAUCCAAGAUCUUUUUUCUAGAAUACAAUGUUUACUUUACCAUAAACGAUAGGGUAAUUUCAAUUAUACACAACUUUUAUAUAGUUGUUACCUUUCAGUAUACAAUAAACAUAUUGAAUAUAAUUUAUGUACAAAAUUCUGUCAAAAAGAUUUAAAUCGACAAUCCACUUACAAUGUUCAUAAUAUCUUCUUGGGAAACAAACACUAUAGCAAGCAAGGGUUGAUCUUACUAAAAGAUGUGGAAGUAGAUGUCACAUAAUAAUCAAUUACGAUUACUAAUGCUCUGAUUGAACCCUUUGAGUACUGAAUUAUUUGUAGAUUUUUACGCACAUAUAACGGAUUUAAUUGGUUGUUAUAUGGAUUAAUAUGUAAGAGUAAUACAUUUUAUUUGGAAUACACUUAUAUUGUUGAUGUAAAUAUAUUUUUGAAGAAUAUUUCAAUUACAAAAUGUAAAUAAAUAUAUAAAUGGAACAAAAUAGAAAUUGGCGCAAAUAAGGGUUUGCAGCGAAACAUAAUACCCUUCCCUAUGGACUCAAAAAGUUUCUAGUGCUCUGGAACUUUGUGUGGAAAAGAACUGAUGAGACCUCUUUUAAAAGCAAUAUAGGAAAAUUGGAUUUAACAGUAAAGGGGAUGUAAUAAACAGAUACAAAAGUGUAGAGAAAGUUUGAUAUCAAAAAUAAAUGUGAGUGGAUAGAAAAAUUGGCUAGUAUAUAUCUUUUAUAAAUUAUUAAGACAUAUUUACAUUAGAAACUAAUAAAAAAAGAAUCUGUAAAGGAUGAAAAUGUAUUGAUAAAUUUUGAUACCACCAAAAUUAUUGUUAGCUCUUUGUUAACAAUGAUUUUAGUUCUGCAGCUUUAUUUAGAUUAUUUUGUCACAUUUUUAAUGUGAAUUCGUGUGAAAAUUAUUUAGUACAAUGCAUCACUCAAUCUUUGAGUACCUGAAAGUUAUACAUUUUUUCUUAAUUUCAAACUAACCUUAGAAGAUAACGUAGGAAUUGAAUAUAAAUAAUAAUUUUUGGUAGGAAUCGGAAUUAAUUAGACUUUUUAACGUUUCAUAACAAAAUAAACUUUACGUAUAUGAAUUGUUAGGUAAUAAUGAUAGCUAAAACUAGGUUCAUUGUCUUAAAAGUAGGAAUAAUCAAUGCUUUGCUGUUAAAGCAUGUAUAAUGCUUCCAUUCCAUUAUCCCGAAUAUAUGAAGUUCGUUGAACCAAUUGUGUUGCUGUUUACAUAAGUCAAACAUCAUAAUAUAUGGGAGAUAGAUCAAAAAACCAUCUAUAUGAAAAAAAGUACAAACAGCAUUAACUAAAAAAUGACAAAAACUAUGUAUUUAAUUAUAAUAGUAGAAACAGAAUCGAAUACAAAAAAAAUAAGAUGUUAAUUGUAAAAAAUACUUGAGUAAAAUAUAUAAUUAUGUCUUUUAGAUUCUUCUUAGUAUAUGAUAACCUAAAUUAAACCUUAAAAAAUAUUUCAGUUUUCAAUAUUAAAUUAUAUUAAUGAAAUCCAAAAGGAUAUUUCUACAAAAAAACAUAUACUAAUUGAAUUAGACCUAAAAUUUACAAAAAUAUAUUUGUAAAUUGAAAUAUUGUAAAAACAAUUUUCCGUCAAUUUAAUCAACAAUUAAAUUCCGUCUAAGGGAUUACAAAAAUCUGAUCAACUAUGUAUUUAGCAUGAUGUGGAUUUGCUAACGAAUUGGAUAUUAAUGUUGGAACUGUACCAUUGCAAAAUAUCAUUUAAAAAUAUGUAGUUAACUAAAAAUGGAUUGAUUAUUAUUAAAAAAAAUCUUCAUCAAAAGUCAAGAUCAAAAGUCUUAAUGGGCCAGAAACCCCCCAACCCCACAAAAAUUUCCCAAAGGUACCAUAAGAGGAGGGGUUUCUGUUUUUCUGAAACUUUGUUCAAUGGUAGUUCAAAGGUAGCUGAUUGAAAGUUUCUAUGGACUCGAAACCUUAAUACCCCCAAACCCCAUAAAAACUACCCUUGAAGUGUCCGUAGGUACUCUGGUUGAAAGGGAAUUAGUUUUGGUCAAUUGUUCUGAAACAUGGCACAAUGAUAGAUGAAGAUGUAAUCCAGAUUUUUCUCACCUCACAUAGGAAAUCUUAGAGAACCUUUCAGUUGAUGUGUAUUAAUUAGGAUUAGCUUCAGCUACGCUCAAGAUAAUAAUGCAAGAGAUGAAGACAGUUAUCAAUAUGAUCAAAAACUAGUUGAACCAGGAUUGAUGCGAAUCAUACUCUAUUCAAGAUUUUAUAGGAGGACUAAAUAUCAGCUGUGGAUACCGUAUGCAGCAGAACCUGGAGAUGAAGAGGUAGAUGUCGAAGAUGAAAAAAUAUUUAGUUGUUACUACUGGGGCAAGAACUCUGAGGAUUGUGCUCACGUAACAACAACGUGACUUAUCAAACAACAGUCCUUCUUAAGUAAAUAGAAAACGCACGAAUGCUUGAGGAAGGUUAGCCUUUCCUUAAGUGGUUGGCACUAUUUGAUCUUUCUUCAAUUAACUGGACUGCUACACCUUGCCUUAAGUGGCAGAAAAUUUUCAACCUUACCUUAAAUGAUCGGGACUAUUUCAUCUUGCCUAAAUUGACUGAUAAAUGUUUAUGAAGUAACUUAUGCAAACCCGAAAACCACCCAACCCCACCAAAACGACUCCUAAAGAGUCCAGGGAGGUGUUUCGGUCAGUUUUUCUUAAACUUGACACAAUGAUAGUUCAAAGCAAACUGAUUAAAAAUCUCCAUGGGCUCGAAACCCCAACUUCAUCAAAACUACCCUUGAAGUGUCCGAUGCAAUUUAAUGAGCUUGUCUCAAACUAUCAUUGUGGCAAGUUUCUGAAAAACUGGCCACUCAUGGUACCCUUGAACUCUUCACGGGUAGUUUUGGAAAGUUGGUGGUUUUGGGGUUUUGUGUUUAUUGAAACUUUUAAUUAACUUGCUUUGAAUAAUUUUUGUGCUAAGUUUCAGAACAAUUAACCAAAAUCAAUUUCCUUUUGCCCAGGGAACCUUUUGACACUUCAGUGGUAGUUUUGACUGGGUUGUAUGGGCAAGGUCUUUUGGAUUUUUAUCAUCAUCUCUGCAAUUGACCAAUUUGUUUGGAUAUUUAUACUCUUAAAAUGUUUACUUGUCACAAAGAAAACUGAAAGUAAUAAUAAUCACUUAGGUGCAA